GGCGUCUCGUUGCCUUGGAAGGUCGUCAAAGCCGGUCUGCGCGCGCGCACGGUGCAAGGACGAUAAUUUUGCCCUUACAGUCAUGCGUUAUGGCUUAAAUAUAACAUAAACCCUCUGCCUCCUGAAGCCAGGCAACAACGGAUUUCUGUGUUGUGUUCUCCAGAGCCCUGAUCCUCGGUGAUACUCCUGCAGGUGCAAGAGUGCAUGUGUUCGUAAAGCAAAGCCUGUGGAAGAACCUGCAGCAUGUGUGAUGAAGCCAAGAGAGCAGAGCCCAGGGCCAACGGGAAGCAAUGCUCAUGGGCAUCUUACAUGACCAACUCGCCAACUCUGAUCGUCAUGAUCGGCCUCCCAGCGCGAGGCAAGACCUACAUGUCGAAGAAGCUCACACGUUAUCUCAACUGGAUCGGCGUUCCAACAAAAGUCUUUAAUCUGGGGGUCUACAGAAGAGAGGCGGUGAAAGCAUACAAGUCCUAUGACUUUUUUCGACAUGACAAUGAAGAGGCCAUGAGAAUAAGGAAGAAGUGUGCAUUGGUGGCUCUGCAAGACGUGAAAGCUUACCUGAAUGAGGAAGGAGGACAAAUUGCUGUAUUUGAUGCUACAAAUACAACCCGAGAGAGACGUGAUCUCAUCCUGAAUUUUGUGAAGGAGAAUGCGUAUAAGGUGUUUUUUGUGGAGUCCGUCUGUGACGAUCCGGAUGUUAUUGCUGCUAAUAUUUUGGAAGUGAAGGUGUCGAGUCCAGAUUACCCAGAAAGUCACCGAGAACGAGUCAUGGAUGAUUUCCUGAAACGUAUCGAGUGCUACAAAGUCACUUACCAACCACUGGAUCCUGAUGAUUAUGACAAAGAUCUGUCCUUCAUUAAAGUGAUGAACGUAGGCCGCCGUUUCCUGGUGAACCGCAUACAGGACUACAUCCAGAGCAAGAUCGUCUACUACCUCAUGAACAUCCGUGUGCACUCCCACUGUAUCUACCUGUGCCGGCACGGCGAGAGUGACCACAACGUACAGGGUCGCAUCGGGGGUGACUCGGAGCUCUCACCCCGCGGCAAGCAGUUUGCGGCAGCUCUGCGUGGGUUCAUUGAGGAGCAUGGCUUGUCAGAUCUGAAGGUCUGGACCAGCCAGCUGAGGAGAUCCAUUCAGACAGCCGAGGCUCUGGGAGUGCCAUAUGAACAGUGGAAGAUCCUGAAUGAGAUUGAUGCGGGUGUGUGUGAGGAGAUGUCCUACGAGAUGAUUCAGAACUCCUUCCCGGAAGAGUUUGCGCUUCGAGACCAGGACAAAUACCAUUAUAGAUACCCAGGAGGAGAGUCGUACCAGGAUCUGGUCCAGCGCCUGGAGCCAGUGAUUAUGGAGCUGGAAAGACAAGGGAAUGUUUUGGUCAUCUGCCACCAAGCUGUCAUGAGAUGCCUUUUGGCUUAUUUUCUGGACAAGAACGCAGACGAUCUCCCGUACUUAAAGUGUCCCCUCCACACCGUCCUAAAGCUUACCCCUGUUGCUUACGGUUGCAAAGUGGAAAUGUUUUACCUGAAUGUGGAGGCAGUGAACACACACCGAGACAGACCUUUAGGGCAACCUCGGAGGACUCCGCCCCCCCUGCUGCUCCGACGGAAUAGUUACACCCCACUGUCCAGUCUCGACCAGGUCAAACGUCCGCGCCUGUACAGCGCCGGAAACCGACCCUGGCUACCCCUCGCUCCCUCCCCCUCAGCCCUGCACUUCCCUGACACUCCUGAAGGGGCGCUGCUACACAGCCAACUUCGAGUAUCAGGCAGUUUUCUGAAUCCCUGUGCGAAGGAAUCGUCUUUGAAGGCGCAGAAGACGCCGCUGACUGUUUCCGCUUCUGAGUAGCCUGGAAGGUCUGGUGUAACUUCCACCCAACGCACAGCUUCGAUCUAGCACUAUGUAUAAAGCACUCUAUAAAAUCCCGCAUUAAUGACGACUGCAAUACUUUCACCCUCGUUAGCCCACUACGUGCCCUCAGGAGCGCCUGAUAUUUGCAUGUGCGCUUUUUGUGCACAUUUUACAAGCCAAGCUUUAAUGCUCCUUAGUUCGCAUGUGUGGGAGCUGAGAAUGUCAACAUUUAGCCAUGAAGCAGAGGUUAAAGGCCAUGUGUGAUUAUCCAUGAUAAACGUUUGUCUUUUAAAUUUACAGUAUUUAUUUCUUGUGGUUGUUUUUACUUUAAAUUUGUUUCUUUAAGAGAUGACUUUCAAAGACGUGUUAAUAAGUCAUGUUUGGGUGAUGGCACGAUUGGGGUAUUGUUUAGUCCUCAAUAAUAGUUUUUUUUUUAAAUAAAUAAAACAAACCCCUGCAUUUUACUCUUAAAUAAGUAACAGGGUUAAUGUAUUUAAUAUAAUAUAUUUGGGAUAGAAUUAGCAAAUGCACAAAGUGGGCUUAACUAACAGCCGUCCUGUUGACUUGAGCACAUUACAGUAGUAAAAAAUGUAAAUAAUAUAUUUAAAGAUAUUUUUAAAAUGAAUAAUUAACUUUCUGCUAAUAAUUUGGAAAACAGUGUUGUAAGUUCAAAGUGGCCUCAUCGGUCAUUAACAAAAAAAUCUACCAAAAUGAAGAAACAUUAAUGAGAGGACUUUGUUUUUCUCUGAUGAAUGACUUCUAGAAAAGGUGUUUCAUAUUUUUUUAUAUUUCCAGAUAAAGUGGUCUGGGCCUCGCAAGAAGUGCUUUAGAUAAAGUCAGUUAUUGAAACAAGCACAGUCUCAGAAAGAAAGGUACAAAACUGUACCUUUUAAGGUACAAGUGGCUCACUGGAGUGGUUUUACUGCUGGGGUGGUACAAUUUUGUACCUCUUUAUUUCCCAUUAGUUCCCAUUAUUUCAUUUAGUUCCCAUUUCGGGAACAUAAGUGUACCCUAAGGACCUAUUGUGUACCUUUUUAAAGGUACCAUUAUAUUUUUUGUUCCCCUAGGAACAAAAUUGCACAUCCGCGGUACCCUUUUUUCUGACAGUGCAGAUGCUGUAAAAAAGAUAUUACUUUCAUUAUUUAAAAAAUAUGUAUAUGUAAAUGGAAUAUCAGAGGGACAUAAAUGGCACCUCGGUCAUGAAAUCACCCAUUCCUGUGAUCUUGAUUAUCUCUUACUCAUAGAAUGGUAAACCUUGGCUGUAAAUGGAGACUUUAAACUCACAGAUUUAUUUUCUAUAGUCCAAAUAAGAAGAUACGCACAGAUAGUUAUCGAAAACUGGGUUGAACUGAAAUGUUGACUUUCUAUUUUUUUGGGAAAAUGUUUUGUGUUACUUAUUAUGAUCUUGAGAUUUGGGAUGAUGUCACAUUAUGUAUAUCUUUUAUUUUAUGUUAUAUAAUUUCACAGCAGAAAUGAGCUCAAGAUGUUAAAUCAUUUAAGACAUGUCUGAGAUGGUCUGAUUCUUGUACGUCAGCUGCAUGUAUCAUUUCCCACAUAUUGCUAGAUGUCUCUGAGCUUUUGUGCAAAACAGGACAAUGUUUGGUGCCAAAACAACAAAAAAAAAAGAAAAGCAAAGCAACAUCGAUCACGUAUCUAAUCCUCACACAGAGGCGCAGAGUAACAUCUUGUUAAUUUGUUGUUUUAAGAUAAUGUAAUUGUGUAUAUUCUGUCCUUUCUGCCUUUCGGUUAUUUGCUCUUUAUGUGCAAUAAAAGGCUCAAGUCCGUAA